AUGUUCCAAGACGAGACUAUCUACUUGCUAAAGCAGCUUUACGAGUGGUUGAUCGUUGAUCCGAAUGACAUCGAUGAAGCCAAAUACCUCCUUCUUAAGAGGUUCUCUGAGGCAUAUGCCACUCACCAAGGCUCUUUUCAUUUGCUAAUUAUAAGGCAGAUGGUAUUCAAUAUUGGCAGACUACUGGAAGAAAGCCCUUCAUUCGUACCAGAAGGGAGUAACUGGGGAGGCUUUUUCGACAUUUUGCUCAACGUCAUGAAGAAUCAAAGUCUCCAUGUCUCAAUUCCGGCUCUACAUCUAUGGGUGAAGCUGCUUAGUUCCGACAAAAUUGGUAACUCUCCUGCGAUCAUGGCUCUUGUUAGUGAUUUGCUCGAAACAUGCAGCCAACGCCUUGUACGAUUCGAAGACUUACCAGUGGACUCAAGCAAUCCAAGCAUAGUCUUCCUUAACGAAGACGUUGACACAAUGCCCGAAAGACAUGCUUUUCUUGGUAAUUAUGCUAGGUUUUGCAAUCAGAUUGUUGAGCUCGUCGUUCAGAAACAACCCAUAGACGCAUUAUAUCAUAUUCUUGGACAAGCCGAUAAGGUCCUGGAUCACGUAUAUGACGGAGAGCCGCCCUUCCAAGCUUCAAACUACACGAAGACAUCUGUCCCUUACUUGCGGAUCGAUGCCCAAUUCACGGUUAUCGAGGCUGCGCUGAAGGGCUGCUUGAAAUGGCUGACCGCUUCGGGUAAUCCUCAAACAGAGCAUGAGCAUGAGGUCAUGACUUCAAAUCUCCAAGUGUGGUGCGAUAGGCUAUUAGGUCUGAUGUUUGAGGACCCUAUGAUCAAACAGCGAGUGAUUCAACUUGCAGUAGGAUUUGCUAUAGGACCAUUGAAACGUAAUGCACAGUUUGCAUUGAAGAUCUUCGACUACAUUCUAGACACAAGGUGUUCUGCGCAUCCUGCCUGCCUGGCAUAUACGGAUGCCGUCAAGGAUCUCCAAGCUGUCUCCCUUCACCAAUUGCAGAGGCUUGCUAUGCGAUUCCCUGACUAUCUUGUUAUCAUAUUCGACGAAGUGGAGAGGAAGGUUAUGUCAGUCAGUCAGUCAGUGGCUUCAGAUGAGCAGACACGCGCCCGCUACUCCUCAGUGCUCUUCAUCAUCAUGCAUCGUGCGACCAGUGUGGACGUGAGGCCGCGCGAAGAACGACUGGAUCAGUUCCUCCAGCCAAUGAUCGACCAGUGGCAAGACAGAACCCUGAGCAACUCCUUGUCGUCUUUCGAGAAUUUUAGCAGACUACUCGGACUCGAAAACCUCCAGCAAUAUCUAUGUUCUCGAGCGGUGAAUAAACUGCGAAACUGGUCAGAGCAUCCACUCGACGACCAGGGCAAGGCCCUUCAAACACAAAUGCAGAAUGCACUCGAUGCUCUUCCACUACGAGCCACAAAAACCGUAAUGAACAUCAGCGUGGAAAGACUGGAGCAAGGAUCACAGCCCUACGACAUGGCAUGCCGUCUGUGGCAUAAGAAUAUUCCCCUGAUUCUGCCCAAUCUACUCAAAUUCAUCAGUCAAUCGCAAGCCUUCCACGAUCCGUCCAACUGGCCUGCUCUGCCCCCCGAGAUGCAGGAUGUUGUUCGCAGGAUCCUCACAGACCGUUUUUGGCAAGUUGGCAUCUCCCAAGGCAGCCGAGAUGAGUUUUACGCCAGCGUUGGAGAUACCAAGACAACUCUGGAGGGAUUUGCCUCGUCCAUCAGAGCUACUGUAAGGACGGUCCGCGAAACAGGAUACAGGCUACUGAAUUAUAUGAGCCUCCUUGGAGAGCACUUUUACAGCUUCGCAGAGCUGCCGGGUCCACUAGCUCAGGCUCUGUUCGCUGAUGCAUGCGCAUUGUCCCCACAUCAAAUGGCUAUCCUGGUCGAUACAAUUCGGCCGAUCAUCGACAACUGUCCGGAGAAAUAUCGAAGUCACUUUCUUCCCCCAAUUCUGUCGGCACUAUUUGAGCAACUCGAUCGCAAAGCAAGCUUGGAGUGGGAAAGGAUCGAAGAGAGAAGCAAAGCAGCCUCAGAGGAUGAUGACUUGACGAGCGAGAUGAAAGAUGAAAGUAUACUGCGGCAAUUGACAAUGGCUUCGGUGAUGUUGGUAGUCGGGCUUCUCGAGCCAGCAAGACCGAACCCCCCAGCUGCUCCAGAAGUACCCGAUAAGGUCGAUGGCGAUGCAGCAGGUCCAAGUGCAAACACACCAAGAUCGUUCAUACUGCGGACCCCAGAAAUACUGAAGCCCGUCAUACUAUUCUGCACCCAUGCGUUGCGUAUGCGUGACACCCGAGCAUGCUCUCUCAUCGCCAAAGUCCUGCGUUCGAUAGUUCCUGAGUUUGCUGGCGAUGGCCCUGUUGAACCAGAUGUACGAGAAUUCAUCUCCACGGAAGUCCUCAAAGCAUGCAUUACGUCGUUGCAUGACCCCUACUUUGUGGAGCUGCAGAAGGACUUCGCUCAGCUGAUUGCAAGCAUCCUCAUCUCCUACACACCACGCACAGAAAGGCCGAAAGAGAUCCUUCUCUCCUUGCCUGAGAUGGCCCCUGAGAAGCUAGAUCGUGCCACACGCCAUCUCUUCAGGGCACAGCAGAAUACUCGACAGCAAAGAGCCAUCAUUCUAGACCUCCUAGAAGGCUUCAGAGGCAUUGCCAUCCACGAACAGGGCAAGCUUCCAAAGCCUGAUGCAAAGAAAUUGAGAUCGGCUUUACAAGAGAAAUACAUGACGGUCGACGUCCAAGCGAGCGAUAAAAGGGAACUGAGCCCAGAUCUAGGAGGAGUUGCUGCUAUGUUUGGAUAA